GAUGAGCUGCUUCGUGGGUAUUAGCCGGAACAUAUGUAGGGAACGAGUGCCGGUGCGGCUGACAAUCGACCGAAUUUAUGAACCCUGUCAUCGUUUUUUGAUUAAACUUAGAAAUGCCAAAGAUCUGGCGCGUUUUUCCUCGGCAAGUCGGAAUUCCAAGCUGGUUGCUGAGCCCCGAGGAACUUCCAGUGUCAAGGCCCAUAUGUGUGAUUGUAUCCCUCAGAUACUGCUAUACUCAGGCGCACGAACACCAAUUGAGCAAUUUUUUUACUACCUGCGAUAUCCCGAUAUCCCUCUCUGUUUCUGUUUUACCCGGCGCUUAGGUCCUAAAAAACCCUUUUCCGGUGCUACGCAGACAGGACUUUCGACCUAAUUAGAGAAUCGGUAUUUUCAUUGUGUUAAAACCCAAACAUCGAAAUUUCCGCACACGUUUUCGCAACGCCUGGAACUGAAGUACUUUAUAAUGACUUUGGCUUUGUGAGAUGUGUUCUGUAAAGGGGAAGUUCCCCAUAAAAAAUAUUAUAGAUGUAUUACAAUAUCAGUACUGGCACUUGAUGAUAUUCACAUUUUUUAUGGAUGAUCAGAUGUUUAACUGUUACUGAUUGCAUUAUCUUUAAAGUAGUCUUUAAGUCUUUAAAGUGACAACAAGCUAUUAUUUUAAAGAGAUUAUAUUCAUGGUCAAAUGAAACUGAAUUUAAGUGUUUAUCAAUAUAUCAGCGAUUUUAUUAACGUUGUAGCUAAUGUUGGUUAACUCUUAUCAUAUCUGAGAUAUUGUUUUUGGGCAUGCUAAAAUUCUCAUCUGAAAAUAUCCCAAAAAAAUCCGUUAUCAAUAUCUGGAUAUCUGUUCCUAAUGAUGCUUAACACCAUAAUCCUGGGUAUUAACUUUUAAAUAAUAUAACAACAAUACUGGCAGUUACCGCCGGCUCACCACAAUGGACAAUUAAUUUCCCAGAUUAUAUAUACUGUUGGUCAUAUGUUUUGUUAUAUAAUUGGCUUGGCCAGUCCAAAACCCAAACAAACCCGACCGCGUAUCGGGCAUUGAUGUUGUGCAGUGUGAGUCCGGGAAAAUCCGGCCGUACUGAAUGGACUCGACUGGGUUUCAUUCAUGAGCACGUCGGGUGCCGUUUACGGCUCUACCUGCCUAAGCGUGGGAAAGUUGCUCACAGCAAGGCGGAUCCUCCACCUCCGCCGGCGCAGGACGAGAGCAGGUAGUCAAUCAGGAAACUGGGCUGCUCCGCAAUUGCGUCGCGGGCUGCCAGUGGGUUUUUGUACCCGUCCAUCUCCGGGAGUUCCUACCCCCUGCCCAUGCAAAAUUUCCAAGUGGAAAACGGCAAAUUUCCGGUUUUAUGAGCAGGCCCGAAAUUCCCACGGGCCGGCCCCAGGAGGGCGCCCCGGCUAGGGAUUUGCAGGCUAUAUAAGUGUGCUGCCCCGGCUCAUCAUCAUUCAGUCGAUCUUACGACAUCGCAGAGAUAGCACCACAACAAUAUUAUAAUCAGACAGCAUGAUUUUUGCCAUCACAUUAUUCAUGGGUAUUACGAGCACUCUGGCAGCAGUUUUGGAGCCCAUGAGCUACUACCAGUACACCCAGUUUCAGGCUCCACUCUCCUGGGAGGAUAUAACCGGAAAGGGGCUGAAACAGGCCCGCGACAGCUGCCAGCAGAGUUUCCAGUGGCAGCGAUGGAACUGUCCCAACCAGGAUUUCGUGCAGAAGAAUUCCAAGCCGGAGGAAAACUCACCGAAUCGGGAGGAUGUCUAUGUGGCGGCCAUUUCCAUGGCAGCCAUAGUCCAUACUCUGACCAAGGACUGUGCCAAUGGCGUAAUCGCCGGAUGCGGAUGCACUGAAAAUGCUCUAAAUGUACCCUGCGCUCAUGAGCCCACCAAGGCAUUGGAGCAGUACGAGAAGCAUUUCGGAUCAGGAUCAGGAGCCACCAGUCACAAUCGACGGGUGGUGGGAGCUCUACUAGAGAAAUCACUGGAACAGGAAUGCCGGUGCAAGCAACCAGGAGCCGUGCAGGGCGAGUGCCAGGAGGAGGAGUGUGUGGCGGUACUAAAGCCAUUCGAAGCCAUUGCCCAAGAUCUCCUCCAAAUGUACGACGAUGCCAUCCAACUAGAAGGAGCCAGUAGCAAUCUGAAGAUAAUGUGGCAGAACAUUCCUCUAGACUCCCUGGUCUUCAUGCAGGACUCGCCCAACUACUGCGAACGCGAUGCCACCGGAUUGUGGAAGGGAACUCGGGGUCGCCAGUGCUCCAAGGAUGGCAGUGGUUCUCUGGAGGAACGUCUCUCCUGCCAGCAGCUGUGCCGUGUGUGCGGAUACCGAGUGAGAUCCCAGCACGUGAGAACCGAGAGGAGGUGCAAUUGCAAACUGGUCUGGGGAUUCCGACUCCAGUGCGAUGUCUGCGUCCAGCUGGAAAGGCAGUACUCCUGCUACUAAAUGGAUGCACCACCGGAAAUGGAAUCCAGGACUGGGGCGCUGGUCGAGCCCCACGAAAACUAUUUACCUACAUUUAAGUUAAUUUAUUUGAUUCCACAUCUAAUUUAUUGCCACAACAAAUGCUAUCAAUAAAUACGUUAUUUAACAUAUACCAUA